AUGUAUAUAGGUUCAUCAAAAUUAACGAAAAGAAAGUUGUCGAUGAUCGCAAAUUUAAAUGUCCCCUACUCAUUUCAAAACUGCAAAUUUCUGUCUUAAUUAGUUUUGCCAGGAAUCCAGAUUAAUGUCAAAUGUUUACAUGAAGGAAAACAUUAUCACUAAUAGAAUAUUCAUUAUUUUCAAGAAAUGCAAGAAUUCCUUAAAAAUAGAAAAGAAUAACUUUUACCUGUUAUAGAAUAACUACUUCAAAUUGAAAGCCUUGUUGUGAGGUUACAAAAUGGAUUGAUAAACAAAUAUGAAAUUUCAGAAAAGAUGUAUUAAGUGUAGACUAAAGUGCUUUUCGUGGUCAAAUUUGAGAUAGAAGUAGAAUAAUAAAAGUAGCAUUAUUUGUAAAGGAAUUGA